UUCUGAAAACUAUUGGUCUGAGUUGUCUGACGAGUCCCAAACCAGUCUGAACUAGACCAGACCAUUUUUGGUUCAGGAUUUUGUUCGGUUUUGAAUACUAUGACAAGUUGGGCCGGGGAGAGGUUGAGAGGGAAGAGAUAGAUUGCUCUUUCAUCCAGACGGCAAUGGGGAGCAGAGCUUUAUUUGCAAUUAGGGGAAUAUCAGUAUCCCAUGUGUUGCACCCGCAGAGGUAUCAUGCUUGGUCAUGUGGUUCAAGAGCUUGCAACUUCUCCGCUCAAUCUUCUCUUCUUCCCCCAGACGUACAAAAUUUAGCUGAGACAGCUCGAAUCACUCUCAUCUCUAAGGAGGUUGAGGAAUUUGCUCCCAAAAUUCAGCAAGUAAUUGACUGGUUUGGACAACUUCAAGCUGUUGAUCUUCAAAGUAUAGAGCCUGCACUUAGGGCAGAGAGUGAAGGUGACAAUUUUCGUAAUGACGUGCCUGAAUCAUUUGAGAAUAGGGAGGCCAUGUUAGCAGCUGUUCCAAGCUACGACGAGCCAUACAUCAAAGUUCCCAGGGUUUUGAACAAGGAGUGAUGCUGUUUGGAUAACUACUUCUCUGUAUUAGUCCCUUGUCAAGUAUGUUUUGCUCUUGCAAGUUAUGUCCUGACAUCAGUUGAUAUAAUUACCAUGGUUUUAGUUGGCCAUACGUAUGGAUUGUGGUCUCAGCUUCCUGGGAUUAUGGUAACACAAAUAUUUGAGUUUUAUAUAAUCUGGACAAUGGAAGGAGCUUCUUGGUUCUUA